CGAGGCUCUGGUUGAUAACAGACACUCAACCUUCCAUACGUAGGAAUAAACCAUGCGUUUGGUGGGAGUUCCAUCCAGUCAGAAAGUCCUGCAAUUAUACCGUCAAAUUUUGAAACAAGGAAGGUCACUACGAUAUACAGAUUUCGAAUUCUUUCGAAGAUCCAUAAGAAGAGAGUUUGAACAACAAAAAGAUGAGGUGGAAGCCAAGGUUAUUAAGGAACAGUACGAGGUAAUUUUGACACCAAAAUCUCAGUUGGUAAUGUUCGUUUUUAAAACUUCUUUAGUGGAUGGAGAUGAUUUUUAUUAUGGAGCCUGCUAGUAUAAGAGACGUAUAAAAGGAUGUGACCUAAAAAACAUCUAAUUUGUAGAAACUCCAAGCUCUUAAAACCUGAAAUCUAGAGAUGUUCGAUUUUUUAAAUCAUGAUCUCUGUUGUCUCUCCCCACACUGAAGACGUACAGAAUCCCGAAUAAACAGAAAAGCACAAAAAACCAACAAUGUUUGAGUUGAAAACUUGCUAUAAAAUAUAUAGAGAUAAGAUAUGCCUCAUUUUCCCUCGGCCUCUUAAAUGCUUUAAAGAAUUUUAUGGAGAGGUUGUGAACUAUACCGGAAAUCAGGAGAUUGUUUAUCUAAGACACUCUUAGAUUGUAUGGAUUAUGAAGUACAGUUGUGUAUUGUUACUGUAACCUUAAAUUUGUAUCUGUUAUUUGUUCUGAGCUUGGGCCAAAAUAUCUUUAAAGGCCUGAUUAAUUUUAAAGGGAAUCAGAGCUUUUGUUUUCCUGAAAAUAAAAUAAUAUUUAGUCCUUCAUAAUAAGCACUUGUGUUAGAUGGUGUAUAAACUCGAAUAUGUUGUCUUAGUGACUGGUCAUCAGUUUUUUUUAAUCUUUUGGAGUUGUUUGCCACAUGUAAAAUCACUCUCCAUUUUAGAUUUAAUUCAAACAGUACUCUAUCAAACUGAGCUGCCAAGAAUUUAAAUGUUUUCGUAGGGCAUUUGUUGGAAUUAUCUAUUGAAAUUUACCCAUAGAAGACAUGAUCAGACACAAGAUCCAAAUAAGAGUACUUUUUCCAACAGGAUGUAAGGCUAGUCUUUGUUAUGAUAUUGUUGCAUUCUUAUAUUUGUUUUUGUUUUUAUGUUUAGAAAGGGAUGUAUUUUCUGGAGACAAAAUUAGGUGGGUUGCAAUGAAGGAGACAACAUGAAAAUUCAGGAAUAACAUGCUGUCAUAGGAGAAGUCGCUGCCUAAGAACAAGUGGCUUGGGUUCCUGUGUUUAGGAAUCCUGUGUAGAGGAGUUGUUUGAAGUGUUUCAUAACACAGUCUAUGGGACUCUCGAGCAGUGGCAGUUUUCAAGGGACUGUUCGAGAUGCAGUGUUAUGCCUAUUUUAAAAAAUUCAGAUAAGAGGUUUAUAUAGCAGAGGUUAUAAGUCCACUAGUGUGUUUGUUCCAUGCAUGAUGUUAAGCUCAAUGCAUUGCAACCAGAACAGAAACAAUUUCAUUUAAUUUCUUCUUGUUUUCUUGUUACAUACUUGCAAUUUUGAAACUUGUGCACCUUGGUAAAAUUUUGAUAUAUUAAAAAUGCAUCUAUUUGCAAU